AUGGAGAGGAAGUCCACCAUUCUCAUGAACCGGUACGAGCUUGGUCGUAUGCUCGGGCAAGGCACCUUCGCCAAGGUGUACCAUGCGCGGAGCCUUGCGACCAACCAGAGCGUCGCCAUCAAGGUCAUUGACAAGGACAAGGUGUUGCGUGUCGGCAUGAUUGACCAGAUCAAGCGGGAGAUCUCCAUCAUGCGCCUGGUUCGUCACCCAUACAUCGUCCAGCUGCACGAGGUCAUGGCCAGCAAGAGCAAGAUAUACUUUGCGAUGGAGUAUGUCCGGGGCGGCGAGCUCUUUGCCAGGGUAGCCAAGGGCCGGCUCAAGGAAGAUGCUGCAAGGAAGUACUUUCAACAGUUGAUAGGGGCUGUGGACUUCUGCCACAGCCGUGAUGUCUAUCACCGGGACCUCAAGCCGGAGAACCUCCUCGUGGAUGAGCAUGGAAACCUCAAGGUGUCCGACUUCGGGUUGAGUGCCCUCAAGGAGUGUCAGAAGCAAGACGGGCUGCUGCACACAACGUGCGGCACACCUGCAUAUGUUGCGCCGGAGAUAAUCAACAAGAAGGGCUAUGAUGGAGAAAAGGCAGACAUAUGGUCUUGUGGCGUCAUACUUUUUGUUCUGCUUGCUGGUUACCUCCCAUUCCAAGACUCAAAUUUGAUGGAGAUGUACCGGAAGAUCAGCAAAGGUGAUGUCAGGCAUCCACAGUGGUUCAGUUCUGAUGCCCGGAAGAUUCUAUCCAGGCUGCUCGACCCAAAUCCAAACACUAGGAUCACCAUGGACAAGCUGAUUGAGCACCCGUGGUUCAAGAAAGGGUACAAACCAGCAGUGAUGCUGGGAACACCAACACCACGUGCCUCAAAGGAUCUUAAUGAUGUCCAGGCUGCUUUCAGCACUGACCACAAGGAUGGUGAAGGCAAAAGGGCAGAACAACCAAAUGGCGCACUGAAGCCAGCGAGCUUGAAUGCGUUUGACAUAAUCUCCCUCUCCAAAGGAUUCGAUCUUUCUGGCCUAUUUGAGAAGGACCAAGAGCAGAAGUCGAACUCGCGGUUCAUGACCCAAAAACCCGCAUCAGCAAUAGUGUCAAAGCUGGAGCAAAUAGCCGAGACAGAAUCCUUCAAGGUGAAGAAGCAGGACGGACUGGUGACGCUGCAGGGAUCCAAAGAAGGGAGGAAGGGGCAGCUUGCGAUUGAUGCGGAGAUCUUUGAAGUGACUCCAUCCUUCUAUGUUGUUGAGGUGAAGAAGUCGGCAGGAGACACAUUGGAGUACGAACGGUUCUGCAAAAUGGGCCUACGGCCUUCUCUCAAGGACAUCUGCUGGAACGGUCCAUCAGAGGAAAAGCUUCCAUCAGUAUCGGAGUCAGUACCUCCAACUCCGUCCUCCAAGUCGACCAAAAGAAAUGUCAUUUAA